AUGGCCCAACAACUGCAGUCGCUGUCAGACAGCCUGCCGAGUGUCUCGACUCUGGUCAAUGGAAUAACCAACGCCUUCCACAAUGCCACAUCUCUGGUCAGUGGCGCUCCGCACGCUGGCGAAAUUACCUGCUGGCUGAUCGAUACUCGAAAGCUGUGGCCUGGAACCAAAAUCUGGGAUGCUCCUGGCGCAGCAGAAGCCAUGGGUUUGAUUUCUGUGGCCGAGCAGAAUGCCAUCUCGACGAAGAUGUUCAUUCAAGACGCACGCAUGAGCCUUGCAAGUGCACUGAUCAAGCGACUCUAUAUCUCCAGAACCCUGGACAUCCCCUGGAAGGACGUGAUUCUUGCUAGGAAAGGUGAUGCACAGCAUGGAAAGCCAUGCGCGGUAGAUGUGGCCGGCAAGCCCAUCGAGGGCAUCGACUUCAACGUGUCACACCAGGCAGGACUGGUGACCUUGAUCGGAUGGAACGGCAAGCUGCGACAUUCGUACAGCUCUGAAGGUAUCAUCGAGGGAUCUGUCAAUACUCCAGCCGCCGAAGACUUUGACACGAAUGUCAUGGUGGGCACUGACAUCGUUUGCGUACACGAACGAAACGAUGACCGCACCAUAGAAGAGGAAGGUCUGGAGAGCUGGGUCGACACCUUCGACUUUGUCUUCAGCGAUGAAGAGCGAUGGAGCAUGAAGUUUGACGUCGACUAUGUUACUCUGGCGGACGGCAAAAUCUUGAGCAAGGAAGAGCUCGGCCGCCACGACCGUUGUGUGCAGCGCAACAGAAACCUUGCUGUCACCACGAAGGAGGGAGAAGCCAUCACAUUGAACUCCAACCGUAUCAUCGAAGCCAAGCUGCGUCGUUUCUACACGUACUUCUGCUACAAGGAAGCAUACAUCAAGCUUGCUGGCGAGGCACUACUGGCGCCGUGGCUGAAGGAACUGGAAUUUUUCAACGUACGUAGUCCGAAGCCCGCUGAUCCGCCUCAGAAGGACGGCUCCAGUCAGUGGGGUGAGGAGGUCAACGAUGUCGAGGUUCACCUCAGUAGCGAGGAGGUCAGCGAUGUUCGCAUGAACAUUACGGCGUUUGACGAGAACCACAUGGUGUCGACCGCCAUACAAGGCAAGAUCAAAGGCAUCAAAGUGCCGCCUUUCAGCUCCAUUGAUCUGCAGAAAGACAUUCUGGACUAUGCCUAUCAGCAUUUGAAGAUUGCUCCAACAACUCACACUUGA